UAUGCAUGUAGGUUUAUAAUCGCACCAUCCAGAAAUAUCAUAGAGCAAACUAAGGAACUUUUUCUUAACUAGUCCGGCGGGACAAGUCCAUUGGCUCGCCACUUAUAAACACAGCACCUUCUUUACUGAAAAAACACCCGGAUUCCCCCCCCCCUUCCCCCCCGCGCGCCUUGAAGACACCACGGUCGAGCAUGCAUUUGCACGGAACCUCAAGUCCUUCAUUCUGAAGUAAUUAUGUUAACAUUUCUCCUUUUCUGAAAAAAGAAGCCGGAAGGGCGACGGGCUGACUUGCUGGACUAAAUGUGAGUGGUGGGCUAAGGCGCCCCCGAGAGACGCAGCUCAGUCCCAGCCAAGCCAUUUCCCCGGCCCAGGGAAGGGUCCAAAACCUCCGCGAGGGGCACCAAAGACGACGCUGCGAGGGGCGCCUGGACAGUUACGACUCAAAGCGUGUUUUUUGAAGCUUUCGGCUAUCAGACGGCUCCGACGCUGCUGGGACGGUGGGUCACUCAAGCGUCAAGGGGAGCGAACUAGGUGAGCUUCGCGUGGUAUUCACGCCCCUGCGUUAUACGUGUGAACAACUGAAGUUGUUUCUUGACGCGAGUCAGACUUUGCUCGUCGUCAGAGCCGCUUCUCUGGCAUGCAUGGACCUCAAACAAAGAUGGCAACACUCUUCCUCCUUGAAUUUGCUGAGCCCUUCGCCCUCAAUAAAUAUGGCUCCACUAUGGGUCCAGUUUGCGAGAAAAUGUGCCUCUCCCUCUUUUCAUUCAGAGGCCACUCAGCCAAUCGGCGGCCGCCAACUCUCCUGUCCCGAAAGCAGCUUGGCCAACCAGGCAACGUAGCGUGGAGUCCUCAAGCAGAGUGGACCAAUGGCGGCCCGCGAUGAGGAAAAGGAAGGGAAUGGCAGCCAAUGGACUGGCGCGUGGGCGGUCAGAGUGUCGUCCAGGUGCCGGCUGCGAAGGGGCUCAGUGGCUGAGGUGGGCUCCGAGAGGGAGGAUGCGGGCGGCCAACGGGCUCUGGGCGGCGCUGGCCUUAAUGCUGCUCCCGGGCAGCAGCCGAGCUCUGCGAGAAGGCGACUGUGAAGUAUGUCUGUCAUUCAUGGGAAGAUUCUACCAAAGCUUAAAGGACAAGAAUGCUGAAUUCACACCAAACAGUAUUGAAAAAGAGCUUUUGAAAUCCUGUAAAGAGGCAAAAGGCAAAGAGAACCGGCUGUGUUACUACAUUGGAGCAACCAGUGAUGCAGCCACUAAAAUCAUUAAUGAGGUAUCAAAACCUUUGAGUAAUCACAUUCCUGUUGAAAAGAUUUGUGAGAAGCUGAAGAAGAAAGAUAGUCAGAUCUGUGAGCUGAAGUAUGAUAAACAGAUUGACUUGAGCACUGUGGACCUGAAGAAGCUGAGAGUCAAAGAACUGAAGAAAAUUCUAGACGAUUGGGGUGAAACGUGUAAAGGCUGUGCUGAAAAAUCGGACUACAUUCGCAAAAUCAAUGAACUGAUGCCGAAAUAUGCACCAAAGGCAGCCAGUUCAAGGACAGACCUCUGACCACUGUAGUGGCCUCUAGCACAUUAGCACAUCACACACAAACUAUGUUAAUCUUUCUAUUUUCUUUACGGAAAACUGUUUUGUAACUUAUUAAACUGAGUUUGAAAUGUCAGAUUGAAGCGGUUCUUGCAAUGCUGGUUCAACUGCCUCAUGCCUUUAGUUAUCAUUUCUCUUGUCAGUGGUUUAUGCUAAGAUGUCAACAUAUGUAUGGAAUUUUUAAAAUAAAAUUAAGAAAUCCA